GGCGCGCCAGGGAGUCGGGGCGCCGGCCGCCGCUUUCCAUUUGUGCGCGGAGCUGCGGCGGAGGACGGUGGAGCUGUGCUGCCCUCAGCCCGGCGGCGGCGAGGCGUUGGGGCGGCAGCGGCGUGCUACAGUCGGACCCGGGGCCGCCAGCGCCUGGAGAGGCGAGCCCGAGUGCUGGGCAGCGGCUGCGCUGACCACAGAGCGCGGCCCCGCAGCGCCGGCAGCUGCGAGCGCGCGCGAACGGGGGCGCGCAGGCCCUGCCCGCCCCUUCCGUCCCCACCCCCUCCACCCCUUCCUCUCCCCCCCACCUUCUUCUCGCCUCCCGCGCCCCCACACCGGGCGCCCACCCUGUGCUCCUCCGGCGCGAACGCGAGAGCGGGAGGCAGCGGCGGCCGGAGCGGGCCGGGCCGGGCCGGCGGGCCGGGGGAUGGCGCUGCUGGACCUGGCCCUGGAGGGAAUGGCCGUCUUUGGAUUCGUCCUCUUCUUGGUGCUGUGGCUGAUGCAUUUCAUGGCCAUCAUCUACACCCGAUUGCACCUCAACAAGAAGGCAACUGACAAGCAGCCGUAUAGCAAGCUCCCAGGUGUGUCCCUUCUGAAACCCCUGAAAGGAGUAGAUCCCAACCUGAUCAACAACUUGGAAACCUUCUUUGAGUUGGAUUAUCCCAAAUAUGAAGUGCUCCUUUGUGUACAAGAUCAUGAUGACCCAGCCAUUGAUGUCUGCAAGAAGCUUCUUGGGAAAUACCCAAAUGUUGAUGCUAGAUUGUUCAUAGGUGGCAAAAAGGUUGGCAUCAAUCCAAAAAUUAAUAACUUAAUGCCAGGAUAUGAGGUGGCAAAGUAUGAUCUUAUAUGGAUUUGUGAUAGUGGAAUAAGAGUAAUUCCGGACACACUGACUGACAUGGUUAAUCAAAUGACAGAAAAAGUGGGUUUGGUUCACGGGCUGCCUUACGUUGCAGACAGACAGGGCUUCGCUGCCACCUUAGAACAGGUGUAUUUUGGAACUUCACAUCCAAGGUCCUAUAUCUCUGCCAACGUAACUGGUUUCAAAUGUGUAACAGGAAUGUCAUGCUUAAUGAGGAAAGAUGUGUUAGACCAAGCAGGAGGACUUAUAGCUUUUGCUCAGUACAUUGCUGAAGAUUACUUUAUGGCCAAAGCCAUAGCUGACCGAGGUUGGAGGUUUGCAAUGUCCACUCAAGUUGCAAUGCAAAACUCUGGCUCGUAUUCAAUUUCUCAGUUUCAAUCAAGAAUGAUCAGGUGGACCAAAUUGCGAAUCAACAUGCUUCCUGCUACAAUCAUUUGUGAACCAAUAUCAGAAUGCUUUGUUGCCAGUUUAAUCAUCGGAUGGGCAGCCCAUCAUGUAUUCCGGUGGGACAUUAUGGUGUUUUUUAUGUGUCACUGCCUGGCCUGGUUUAUAUUUGACUACAUCCAACUCAGGGGCGUCCAGGGAGGCACGCUGUGUUUUUCCAAACUUGAUUAUGCAGUCGCUUGGUUCAUCCGUGAAUCCAUGACAAUAUACAUUUUUUUGUCGGCGUUAUGGGACCCAACUAUAAGCUGGAGAACUGGUCGCUACAGGUUGCGCUGUGGAGGCACAGCAGAAGAAAUCUUAGAUGUAUAACCACAGCUCUGUGACUGUAUGUAAAGGAAAAAGGAGAAGUAUUAUAAAUUAUGUUUAUAUAAAUACUUUUAAAAAAUCUACCUUCAGUAGUUUUAUCACAUGUCUGUUUUGGUAUCUGUUCUUUAAUUUAUUUUGCAUGGCACUUGCAUCUGUGAAAAAAAAAAAACAUCUGUAGUCUUGGCCAAAUGAUACACUUUAUUUUAUGGAAGUAGAGAAUCAAGAGAAUUGGUUCUAGAAACCCAGGUUUGUAUUUUGUUGUUGUUGUUUAUUUUUUUAAAUGAAUACACACACAUAUGUAUAUGAAUGUUCUGCAACAGACACUAUGACAGUAUCCUUCAGUAGAGAAAGUUUCUUAUUUGGGAGUAGUACUCUCUUUUAGAACAUUCAUCGGUGGGAUGGCAACAGCUUUGGGAGUUUAGAAAAGACAGAAGAGAGUGACUUCUCAUGUCUACAGUGAAUAGCAAUAUGCAAUGAACAACCCACGCAAGGUACUAAUGGAGAAACUUUUUCAUGCUUUAUGCCUACCUCUUGUAGUUGUUGCAGAGCAAAUGUAAGUUGUAAUAAGGUAGCUAGGCCUUGCAAAGACAAACAAAAAACUUUUAAAAAUAAUAAUAAAGGAGCUGGAAUCUAGUAUUUAUAUGAAGCUGUGAGAGAUAUUUUUUGGUCUCACUGCAAUGAACCAAAAGUAGCCGAGUUUGGUUUUUACUUGUAGCCAUGGAUUGAAGGUAUGUUUUUGACCAACGCUUGUUGGUUCUGUCUUGAACCAUUGUUAAUCACUGUGCUGUAAUUAGUAUAGCUGAAUAUUUCCUUCCCUGCUCCUCAUCCAGCUCACCCCAACUUUCCUCAACUUUUUUUCGGGGCCGGGGGGAGGGGGGUUGAAGGGUGGUUUUGUUUUAGUGUGAGUGGAUGUUUUGAUAGUUGUAAGGAAAAAUGCAUUUCAGACACAUUUCACACAUGAGCUAUUUUCUUACAUAGUACAUCUUACUGUUAAUAAGAAUGUAAUUUCAUGAUACAGGUAUUUAAUAUCUUUUUUAAGUAAAUAAAUAGCCGUCAAAAACUUGCAGUAGAGUUCAUUGAGAUGGGGAUAGGAUGAGAUUUACUCUUAAUCUGUAUCGAACUAGGUCUACUGUGUGUUUCUUUUUUUACUAUUAUGAUUUGUCUAGUCCUAUUUAAAUUGAAUUUUUGUAUUCCAGUUUCUAUGAUACAAUAGACUAGAUCCAAGCUCAUUGUAAAUGCAUGCUGUGCUUCCCUCUGCUUGUCAGGUUGUACUUAACUUGUGGUGAACUGGACUUGUUUUGUUUUUUAAAUGUAAGGAAAAGUGCAUAAGCCUUUCAUUUGAUAUUCUCUGUAGUGGUCUUUGGCCCUCUCUUGGGGCCUGCAUGGCAUAUUGUCCCAGUAAAUGCCUCCAGCAAGGCUCUGUACUGGCAAUGCGGCAGCUUUCAACUUUAAGCACCUGCACUUCCCCGUGGCCAAGCAUCAUGUGUAGCAUAUCAGCAAUAACUAGGUAUUUUUAGAAAACCAACACUUUUUCACUCACUGAGCCAAUUCAUUUGAUUGUCUAACGACUAGACCCAUGGUUUAAAUCGCAAUACAUCUAUAAAUGUGGAUAUACUAUGUAUACACAUUAUAUUCAACUUUUUCUCUGGGCCAAACUGCUCUAAGUUUUGAAUUUGUUUUUUAUGUGUUUUUUUUCUUUUUUGCCUUAUGAUGAAUUUGUUUGAAGGGCAUUUUCUUCAUGAACAAAGGCUUGGAUGCAUAUUCCUUUUUCUCUGUGAAGUGGGUAGCAUUGUUCCCCGAGCAAAGUUGCACAUUGAAAACCAGUCUAGUUGUGAUCCACUACAUGUUUAUUUUUGUUAGUCAUUGUGACAUGAGUCGCGUUUUGCUGCCCAUGUUGGUAAAUGAUUCAUUGGAUGAAGUUUGGUUGAUGCCAUUCCUUGCACUGCCAACGUGGAAAUCUUGCUUGUUACUUACCUUUUUGCUAAUCUCAGUAUGGGCAAUGUAACAACAAAACCAAAAUGGCUGGACAGACUUCUUGUAGUUUGUAAAUAUUUACAAAAAAAUAUAUGUAUGUGUGUGCUUUAUGUGAUAGUGGAGUAUUUCCUCUAAGUGAAGCUUCACAUAGGCAGACAGAGUGCUUCUUUGUUUAGCAAGUUUGGAGUGAUCAUAAAAUGUCAGGAAUAAUAAACAUGCUGAAGGAAGUAUCAACAGAACUGUAAAAGUCCAAAUUUAAUAAACUGAAAAAAAAACCCUCUAUAAUAUACCAUGUUUUAUUAUUUAAAAUCAUUGUCUUAAGUUUUUUGUUCAAAAAAUA